AUGUUUUUGCUUUACCCAAGGGACCGGCUAGCUAAGCAAGGCUGCCUGUCCUCGCUGUUGGGGUCCUCGCUGUUUGUCUGCCUAAGCCCCUCCAUCGUUGCAAAGACUUGUUAUGACCUACCGCAACCUCCUGCACAGUUUUCUAACCUAGAUCCUGCCACUACCAGUCUACUUACUCUAAUGACAGCUUCUAGGACGAAGAUUUUUUCGCUGCUGGCGUCUCUUGACUAA